UCGGCUUUAGUUUUAUCCUCGCAUCCUCGACGGAAGGGUCACUCUGUAACACCCCAAACAAAUCAAACCAAAUCACCAUGGCCGUUGCUAAUCUGUUAAAGUUGGCGGUACUCUUAAUCGGUUUCUUUGGAUACCUGACGGGAAGUCAACAACCAUCAGAAGAUACUCGAUCUGUUAUCCACAAUUACAGAAACAAACGAAGCAUUUACCUAAACUCUAAAGCCCCAAUUCUAAUAGCUGCCUUUAUUACGAUUCCCAUUUCUGUGGCUCUUCCGGCUCUAAAAGGCCGUAGCGCCCGAUCGCAAACCAAUUACAAUGUGACCCAAGUUCCUUAUUCUUACGACGACCCGAAAUUCGCACCCCAACUGCAGAAAAUCGACGUCUACAUGGACUAUCUUGAGAUUCCGGAUGACAUGUGCCGACAGCGUUUUAUCUGCGAAGUCGCUUCAUCUCCCACUGCCUAUUCUCCUCUGUACAACGUCUUUGAAAAACAAUUGAGGUAA